GAUUUGUAUACGCUCAUCCCUACAAAUCGACUUCAGUACCCUCUCUCCAAUAUCGUUUCCGACGACUCCUGUGCUGUCAGUUGUGGCUGUCAGUUUGACAAAUUGUCAAUAAACAUCUGUGACAUACACAUAUAUCCAAUACGUUUGUGUAUUUUGGAGAUUGAAUAAAUCAGACAUCAAAUAGCUCAAACGUAUAUUGUAGUGCUAAACUUACCAUGACUAAGGAAAACUAAAUAAGUACAUCAUUUGGGAGUAGGUAAAUGUGUUCAGCUUCCUUCGUAUAUUACAAGAACUUCAGUUAUGGAGCUCUCCCACAGUUUGACAUUGAAUGAAGAGGCUCUGGCUCAAAUCCCAGAGGCCAAGAGACCAGUUUUUAUUUUUGAAUGGUUGAGAUUUCUAGAUAAAGUCUUAGGAGCUGCCCAGAAGAAUGAUAUAAAAGAAUGCCAGAAGCAGUUGGUACAACAAUUAAUGAAUCAUGUACAAGAAUCUCCAGGGCCCCCUACAAGAAAAUUGAUUGCCAGAUGUCUUGCAAUGUUGUUUUCAGUUGGCGAUACAUUUUUACUUUUUGACACUGUGAAUAAGUGCAAUGAUAUAUUGAAAAACAAAGAUGAUUCACCGAGCUUUUUACCUACAAGGCUUGCUGCCAUAUGCUGUGUGGGGACAAUGUAUGAAAAGCUUGGCAGAAUGAUGGGGAGAUCAUAUGAAGAAACAGUCCAUAUCCUGAUCAGAUCUCUGAGAAAUGCUGAAUCACAGACAAGAAUUGAGAUAAUGCAAACUUUAGAAAAAGUAUGUGCAGGAAUGGGUAGUGCUGUAACCAAUGUGCACAAGGAUAUCUAUAAAGCUGCGAGACAUUGCCUCAUUGAUAGGGUGAUGGCAGUUAGAUGUGCUGCAGCAAAAUGCCUGCUCGAGAUGCUCAACCAUGCCCAAUUCUUAUACAUGACUGAGCUAGAAAGUCUCGCAACAUUGUGCUUCAGAGCUUUUGAUGGUUCCAACUAUGUUGUGAGGUGCUCUGUUGCCAAGUUACUGGGGACAUUAGUUGCAAUGAGCCAGCAGAAUCAAGUUGUUGGGAAAAGUGUUUUAGCACAACAACAACAGCAGCAACAACCGCAAAAAGGAAUCAAAGUCAUAUCAUUAGAUGAGGCACUAGGACUUCUGAUGUCCGGUUUUUUGAGAGGAGGAAUUGGAUUUUUGAAAGGAACAGGAGAAAUUAUCAAAGGAAGUUCAGGCGUUAAUCGGGAAGUUAGAGUUGGUGUGACUCAUAGUUACGUGAUGUUCGUGCAAAUACUGGGCAGCAGCUGGUUAGAGAAGAACAUUAAACCUUUUUUGACACACGUCUUGUAUUUAGCUGCGAAUCCCAAAGCUGCUUCAUCUCACGUAGAUGCGGUUUAUUCUAGAAAGUGCAUAAACUUCAUCCUCAGAAGCGUCUUUGGUAAAAUGCUUGGCGAGAAAGCUCAAAUAUCGGCAUGCAAAGAAAUGGCUCAGAUCAUAGUGAGGGAAAUGAAUUCCAUCGAUUUUAACCCAGAAAAUGCCAAAGACUUCAAUCAAGAGACAAUAUUCAGCCAACAUUUGCUUGUUUGUGCUCUUCAAGAAAUUGGUAGUCUGAUCCUGAGACUAGGAACAACUGCGCAUGAUCUCAUUACAGAUCAGUCAUUGAACCUAAUAGAUGUUACUGUAAGCGUACUUGUCCAUCCUUGUCAAGCAGCUCGGUUAGCAGCUGCGUGGUGUUUGAGAUCCAUAUGUGUGGCAGUUCCUAGUCAAAUAUCUCCACUCAUAGACCGAUGUAUAAACGGUAUCGAACAAUUCCGUAUUUCGCCAGAAGCAAUAUCGGGAUACAGUUCGGCUCUAGCAGCCGUCCUAGGAGGCGUAAAAUUGUCUCCUUUGGGAGUGCCUCACACGAAAGGAAAGGUUAUAUUUAACACUGCUGAAGAACUGCUAAGAAGUGCCAGUCAAAAUAGCAGACUGUCGCUUAAUAGAACACAAGCGGGGUGGCUCCUUAUUGGUGCCAUAAUGACCUUGGGGGUGCCAGUAGUAAAAGGAUUACUUCCACGAAUGCUGUUACUAUGGAGAAAUUCAUUCCCACGUUCAUCUAAAGAGCUCGAAUCUGAAAAAGCCCGUGGGGAUGUAUUUACUUGGCAAGUGACUCUAGAAGGUAGGGCAGGGGCUCUACUAGCUAUGAACAGUUUCCUUCAAAACUGCCCCGAACUUCUCAAUGAAGACACUACUAGAAGAAUACUCACGCCUAUCGAAUCAGCUCUUGCUAUGUUAAUGAACAUUUCUGGUGUUUUGAAGACCUACGGACAACAACUGAAGGCGCCAGCGGCAAUGGUUAGGCUUCGAUUAUGUGAGACGCUUUUACUCCUACCUCCUAGAUGUUAUGAAAGCUCGUAUACGCAUUUGUUAAGGAUGCUUGUAGCUGAAUUUACGUUGACGGAAAAUCCAGCUAAUACUACGACCUCUCAGCUGCGAUCUAUUUGCCAUGCUGAUGAUUCUGUGAUCCUAGGAACUUGGUUGCAGGAAACUGAUCACAGUACCAUCGAAGAUCAGAUGGAACCUAAUAGAAGGGCUGAUGGAGAACAUGUGAGUAGCUUGGAAAUGACAAGAUAAUUUCUCGCAGAUUUAUGUUGUUGUUUUCUGCUGCAGCCCAACAGCGCGGCAGGAUCUGGAGCCCUAGAGCAUGACUCUGCCUGUCUAUAUAGACAAGUACAACCAGGAGAGACCAUAUCAGGGCCACUUCCCUUAGGCGUAUCGGUAAUAGACAUAGCUGUCCUACUUUUUGGACAAAUAUUCCCACGAGUGACUAACAAGCACCGCGUCCAAAUGUUAGACCAUUUCGCUGAAUGUAUAAAGCAUGUCAGAAGCACAAGACAGGAAGCUGUGCAAAUGAACGUGUUUACUGCUCUCUUAGUUGGCUUGAAGAACCUGACUGAAACGAAGACGAACAUAAACCAAGAGGAUAUCAAGAAAUCGGCGGUAAAUCUGAUAAUCGGAGCUUUAAUCACCCCGAACCCCAUAUUGCGCUAUGCGGCUGGAGAGGCCGUUGGUAGAAUGGCCCAAGUAAUAUCAGAUCCGAAGUUCACCGCAGAGCUAGCGCAAACCAGUUUUGACAGGCUGAAGUUAGCCAGAGAUGUAGCCAGCAGGACAGGGCACUCCCUAGCUCUCGGCUGUUUGCACAAAUACGUUGGAGGGAUGGGAUCUAGUCAGCAUCUCAGUACCAGUGUCUCGAUUUUAUUAGCUCUGGCUCAAGAUCAAACGUCUCCAAUCGUGCAAGUUUGGUCGCUACAUGCUUUGGCGCUGAUCAUUGAUUCAGGUGGACCCAUGUUCCGAGGUUAUGUUGAGCCCACAUUAUCUCUAGUACUGAAACUUCUACUCAACAUCCCUCAAUCAUACAUCGACGUUCACCAGUGCAUUGGCAAGGUGUUAUCAGCACUGAUAACAACUAUUGGUCCCGAGCUGCAAGGCAACACGUCAAGCAUAUGUAUGGCGAGGUCCUCUUUCUUAUGCGCAUGCGCUAUCAUGCAGGACCAUCAAGAUCCAUUGGUGCAAGCCGAGGCCACAGGCUGCUUGCAACAACUACACUUGUUUGCUCCAAAGCAUGUCAAUCUGUCUUCUCUGGUGCCCACUCUAUGUCGCACUUUAUCUAGUAAUCACUUCCUUUUGAGAAGAGCAGCAAUCUCGUGUUUGAGGCAGUUAGUCCAAAGAGAAGCAAAAGAGGUUUGUGAACACGCUAUGAAUUUGGCCAUUGAAAGUAAAGAGCAAAAUAACGUGGAAGGGCUCACGAUCACAGAAACUGGCCUACCAGGGGUAUUUUUCAGUAUGUUGGAUACUGAGACAGAUCCUGCAAUGAUCAAAGAUAUUCACGAUACUAUUAUAAGCAUGCUUCAAGUGCUUGCUGCUAGUAAUCUGUCUCAAUGGCUGGGACUUUGCAAGGAUGUCCUUACAGUGGCUGUGGAAACUGGAUCAGAAGAUAGAGUGAGCUUGAACGCAAAUGAAGACAACGACGUGGAGAUCGACGAUGACCAGGCUGAGUUCCAUGCAGAGGACGAUUCAUCUCACCAAGCGAUUCAACCAAGAUGGCCUACCAGAGUAUUUGCAGCUGAAUGUGUCCGCAAGAUUAUCGCAGCUUGUGAAGCUAGCAAUCAGUCUGCUCACUUUGAUCUGGCCAAGGCUAAGAAACUACAGCUGACCACGGGGAAAAGCGAUUUUCUGUGUUUACAUUUGUCUGAUCUAAUCAGAAUGGCAUUCAUCGCUGCCACCAGUGAUUCAGAUCCUUUACGACUAGAGGGCUUGAAAACUCUUCAAGAUAUCAUCCAGAAGUUUGCAAAGGUUCCCGAACCAGAGUUUGCUGGUCAUUUGCUUCUAGAGCAGUUCCAAGCCCAAGUAGGUGCGGCCUUAAGGCCCGCUUUUUCUCCAGAUACUUCUUCGCUGGUGACAGCAGCUGCGUGUAAGGUUUGCUCUACCUGGAUCGGUUCAGGCGUUGCAAAAGAUUUGAAUGAUUUGAAGAGAGUUCAUCAGCUUCUAGUGUCAUCUCUUGCGAAGAUGCAAAAUAAAAAUAGUACCAACCAGUUGUAUAAUGAAAGUCUGACGACGCUCGAGAAGCUGUCUAUAUUAAAAGCAUGGGCGGAGGUAUAUAUUGUGGCUAUGAAAGGAAAGGAAUCGAUACCUAGCACUAACAAAGACAACAAUUCUAAUAGAUCUGAAACUGAAGGGAGUCUUUUGACAUUAGUACAACCAGAGUUGGUCAAUUUGUCACAAUACUGGCUAGCAGCGCUGAAAGAUUAUGCUUUACUUUCUUUGCCAAGUGAAUUUUCUAGUCAACUGCCCCACGAUGGAGGAGCAUUCUACACAAAUGAGACCAUGGAAUCCUCAAAACCAUACUAUGUGACCUCCUGGCCCCCGAUAUUACAUGCAGCAGCGCUAUGGUUAAACUACGGUUGUUUCAACGAAAUCAAUGAUAAUGACAACGAAACUUUAAACAACAAUAGAGGAAGUGAUAGUGACAGAUUUCAUCUACUUUUUGGUAUCUGCAUGGAAGCUUUGUGUAAUCCACAAUCCAUAGAACCACUCGAAAGCAUUUUAAGCUGUCUUCAAGCUUUGUAUAUUCUCUUGGAUACAAAAUACAUACGAGAACUUUUGAUGAGUGACAGCUUUUUGAGUAUAGAGUUGUGCAACGUCUUACAUCGUUUGAUAUUGACCAGAGAUGAUGUCACCUGUCAUCUUUAUUGUCUAGAGGUGCUCAAGCAAGUUGUCAACGCAGGACUGGAGGAUCUUUCACAAAAGAAAACUAAAGCAUUCUCGGAAAAUGACAAAACGAUAGAUGUGGAUAUCCUAGGUGAAGGUGGCGAAGCGGGAGAGUUAGUUCCACAAAAAUCGUUGUCCUUUUCAAUUUUGGAGGUGUGUCUAUGCCUUCUGAUCCGUCAGAUACCGUCGCUAUGUCCAUCUCCAACACCUACGAUAUUGAAUUCUUUGAAGAUGACGCACACUGAUGACCAAACUGACCAAGUGAUUGGUUCGACUAUCAGUGUUAUAGAAAAUUUACACAAGCUUUGCUCUCCCAAAGGAGCAGUGGCUUUACUACCCACUAUUUUGUAUCUCGUGACAGGCACCAUCAAAGAAACAGCGACAGUAAGCGCAAACAACAAUGUUGCCGUUGCCAAUAACCCUUCCAUUCAAGCAGCACUCCACUGUCUGAAAACUCUGGCCGAUGACCCCUACUCAAAGCACCCAGAAAGCUGUGAUAGUUGGCAAAAGUUGUUGCAAAGCGCUCUUGCCAAAAUUAUUGAUUUCGCAAAGACGUGCAGUGACGAGAAUAAGUUGGAUGAAGUUACUAUCAUGUUGGCGCUUGCCGUGUUUGUUUUGAAUGCACCAGCAAAAGUAGUGAUUGUACCCAAUCUGUUGUAUCCAUCUAUCAAUCACUUCAGACAGUGUUUGGAUAAUCCCAACCCAGUGGUUCGCUUAAAGUGUAUCAAGACGUUAAAAUCUCUAUUCGCUCAUCAAGACAAAGCAAUAGCAAGUUCUUAUAUUCAUACUUUAGCACCACAGCUGGUAGAAUUCCUGUACUCGGAAAACGAGAUACACUCUGAUGGAGAACUUUUCGUUACCGCAGAGAUCAUAACAACUGUAGAGUCGCUGAUUGAACUAGCAGAUCCAGAGAAAAGGAUACAAAUGCUAACUCUUCUGGUGCCUGUGCUAGUGAACUUCCUUUUGACGGAUCCAAAUAUGAAGUAUAAAAACAAAUAUGCACAUUCACUCCAUGAGAUCAGUCUCCAAUGGUUAAUGAAAAUUGCUCCUAAAUACCCACAGGAGUUCAAGAAGCUGAUGAGUCAAUCAGAUGAGCUAAGAACGAAAAUAGAAAAUGCAAUACGGAUGUGUCAGAUGCAGCAAUUUAAAAUGAAGAAUGGAAUGAAUUCGAAUCAUCAGAUUGCUAAUCACACCCCAACGAUCAAAUUGAAGACGGAUUUUAGUAAUUUCUCUUAAAUCUAAUUGGUGUAGAAAAUAUUGUUAGUUCGGUUAAAUACCCAUUAUGGAAUCUCUUAAGACUGUACAUUAUACGAUAUUUUUUGUAGAAAUUUUUUUCUCAGCGUCAAUAUUAGAUUAUUAACGAAUAUUUUUUUGUAUGAAUCAUCAUGUAUAGUUAUUAUGCAGUGGAAUCUUUGAGGUUGUACAGACAUUGGAGUAAACAUUCAUGUUGAGUUUAUUUAAAGAAAUCUGGAAUAGCUUUAUUUGCAAAAUAUGGAGAGUAUGAACUUGACGUGGUUUUUUUUGGAAAAAAAAUAAUGCUUGUUUCACUUUAUAUAGAGAGUGCGAAACUGUACAAUUUUUGAAUCUUAGUACCUGGUACCUUAAAAAUGAAACUCUGUUUAUGUCCCUCUAAAGUCGAUACAACUCAAGGAUUACACUGUUUAAUUUAGUCGAUACAAAUAAACUUUAUGGAUAUGUAUAUGCUGUAGAAACAGUGUGCUAUACUGCAUUUUCUUACUUUUGCUGUAAAGAGUCUUGCCUAACUACUGUAAAACCAUUUUACACAAAAAUAUGAAAAUGUAGAAGAGCUACUGACAAUUAUCACUAAAUGAAAAUAAAGUGAUAUACUUA